AACACCGAACGCGAGUGCUCUGAAUUCCAUGUUGAUUUUGGUUUUGUUUAGUUAUUUUUUUUUUUAAGUGUAUUACUGAAUUUGAGUGGUUUGUUUAUUGCAUUUGGGAUUGAAAAGAACAUCACAUAAGGAGAAACACAGCUGUCAUGACGAUGAUAAUCUUGAUGAUGCGUAUAUUUCUGCUCUCGCUUGCCACAAUCUGCGUGGCGAGCAUCACACAAAGCGUUCAGCUGACGAGCUCCAUGCAGAGGCAUCUCGUCUACAUGCUGGCCGAUGGCAAUGGAGCUGGCGACGGAGCUGGCGGCAAUGCUGGUGAAAAUGUCGAGUUGGUGGGAGGGAAUUCAAAUGUGGAUGCCGAUGCCGAUGCGGAUGCGAUAUUGUUGCCCGACGAGAAGGACAAUUGCCCGGCUGGCUAUUUUCACUGCAAUACGACGGCGCAAUGUGUGCCGCAGCGGGCGAAUUGCGAUGGCAGCGUCGAUUGCGACGAUGGCUCCGAUGAGUGGAACUGUGUGAACGAGGUGGAUGCCAAGUAUUGGGAUCACUUGUUUCGCAAGAAUCCAUUUGGACGCCAGGGGAUGGAUGACAAGCCGAUUGGCGAUUGUUCUUGGCUGAAUGCCAACUUUAGCUGUCCUUGUCGUGGCUACGAGAUUUUGUGUCGUUUCCAGCAGCUCACAACGCUGCCAGCGCAUUUGCCCAACAACAAUCUGGUAACGCUAGACCUCACGGGCAACAGCUUUGACAUCAUCAACGAGAGCUUCUUCAGCGCUCUGCCCGAAGUGGAGAGUCUCGUGCUGAAACUUUGCUCAAUCCGUGAGAUUGCCUCGCAUGCAUUCGAUAGACUGGCGGCCAUUCCAUUGAAGACACUUUAUAUGGACGAUAAUAAAUUAUCCCGUUUGCCAGAGCAUUUCUUUGCCCCGGGCAAUCAAUUGAGAUUGUUAAUUUUGGCACGCAAUCGACUGAGCAGCUUGAACGCUGGCGAUUUUCGCCAUCUACAACUCUUGGAGGAACUUGAUCUGCGUGGCAAUCUGAUAACUGAGUUUGGGGCAAGUGUUUUUGGACAACUGCAAAACCUGGAGGUGCUUUACCUGAAUGAGAAUCGCUUGCAACAGCUGCAGCCGGGCAUGUUUCCCACCAAUUUGCAACAUCUUCAUACGCUUUCGCUGGCCCAAAACCAAAUCACCAGCAUUGCGGCCAACACAUUCACAUUUCCGCAUCUGCGACACUUAUUUUUGGCCGGCAAUCAAUUGUCCCACAUACGCGAUGGAACCUUUUGCAACCUCAGCUAUCUCCAAGGAUUACAUUUGAAUGAGAAUCGCAUUGAGAAAUUCGAUUUGCAUGCCUUCGACUGCCUGGAGAAUUUGAGCUCUCUGCUCUUAACUGGCAAUCGCUUUAAGACUCUCGAUCCGGCAGUGCUGCAAAAUCUGAGCAGUCUUGACUUUAUCUACUUCUCGUGGUUCCAUUUGUGUCGAGCUGCGAUGCAUGUACGCGUCUGUGAUCCCCGUGGCGAUGGCAUCAGCAGCACCUUCCACCUGCUCGAUAAUCAGCUAUUACGCGGCAGUGUCUGGGUCAUGGCCUCCAUUGCCGUGGUGGGCAAUUUGCUGGUGCUGCUGGGUCGCUAUUUCUACAAGUCGCGCAGCAAUGUCGAGCAUUCGCUUUACUUGCGCCACCUGGCGGCCAGUGACUUCCUCAUGGGCAUCUACCUGACGCUAAUCGCAUGUGCAGACAUCAACUUUCGUGGCCAGUACAUUCGACACGAGGAAUCCUGGCGUCACAGCGGACUUUGCGCCUUCGCGGGCUUUCUGAGCACGUUCAGUUGCCAGUCGUCGACGCUGCUGCUUACACUCGUCACUUGGGAUCGUUUGAUGUCUGUGACGCGACCUUUAAAGCCACGAGAUGCUGAGAAGUUUCGCAUAGUACUGCGUCUGCUGCUCGUUUGGGGCAUGAGUUUUAUCCUGGCUGCCGCUCCAUUGAUGCCCAACGAUUAUUUUGGCGAACAUUUUUAUGGGAACAACGGUGUCUGCCUCUCACUCCACAUACACGAUCCAUACGCCAAGGGUUGGGAGUACUCGGCGCUGCUGUUCAUCUGCAUCAACACGAUGUCGCUGGUGUUCAUUCUGUUCUCGUAUGUUCGCAUGUUGCAAGCGAUACGUGACUCUGGCGGUGGCAUGCGUAGCACGCACAGCGGACGCGAGAGCGUCGUGGCAACACGCUUCGCCAUCAUUGUGACCACCGAUUGCGCCUGUUGGUUGCCCAUCAUAGUGGUCAAGAUUGCUGCUCUAUCCGGUUGUGUUAUAUCGCCCGAUUUGUAUGCCUGGCUGGCAGUGUUGGUACUGCCCGUAAAUUCGGCACUCAAUCCAGUUCUCUAUACGCUGACAACGGCGGCAUUUAAACAGCAGUUGCGUCGCUAUUGCCACACGUUGCCCAGCUGCUCGUUGGGCAACAAUGAGACGCGUUCCCAGACCCAAACCGCUUACGAGUCCGGCCUGAGUGUGAGUCUGGCCCAUAUGGGAGGCGGCGCUGGAGGAGGUGGUGGCGGUGGCAUUGGCGGCUUUGGUGGCGGAUCGGGACGCAAACACAUGUCCCAUCGACACAUGAGCUAUCUGUAG